GUCAGCCCGCGAACUGUAAUUUAUAAAUCUCUCAGUUCAUGUGUUUUUAAGUCCAGAUUUCUCAGCUUUUCUCAAAGAAAAUCCGACUUUUAGUGAUCAUGGCACCAAAGACUUCCAAGAAACAGAAGAGGAAGGUGUCUGGUAAUCAUGAAAGAGACCAGUGGAUGGUUAUUGCUCCAGAUUCUACAUUUGAGAGUAUAGAUGGAUGCCCUGAUCCAUCCUUUGUGAAGCUGAGGCAUCCUAAGACUGAGAAUGGGGUCAUGUUUCUCUUCAGCAGUGAUGGAACAAGCGUUCAUGAGGUCAUGAGAUUCAAGAGGGACUUUGGAUCAUGGUUCAUUAACGACUCGGUCCAACAAGAUGGGUCAUUAGAGGUCAUAACUCCCGUCGACCCUGUAUUCUUAGCUCUGCCAUACCUUAUCAAAUCAAGUAAAGAGCGAAACAAAUUCAUGACCUUGGAUCAGAUCAUCCUUGAUGACGACUACCCACAAUGCAUCAGGUUGCUUCAUUGCUCUGGCAUGUCUGGUAUAGAAAGAGUAGCAGAGGUCAAAGGGAGUGGGGAUGUGAGAGCCUAUCGAUACGACGAAUCCAAGACCUUGGACUGGCUGAAAGACAAAGUGGAGCAGACAGCAGCCCGUCUAGGCCAGACGGAUGUGCACGUAGCCAGCGGAGCGCAGUCAACGACGUUUGUACGUAGCAGCAAAGAACAGGGUGCAACGGAAGAGGAUUACAAGAGGUACGCUGCGGGGCUAGUAUCUGAUUACCUGUCUGCAGACCUUAGCACAAAGCUCUUUGAACACAUAGGAAUCAAGGAGGUAUCUGAAAAAGUUUCCAAGGCUUUGGAGAAUGGUGCAGAACCCCCUUUGAAGAAAGCAAGAAUGUCAUCAGAUAUAAAAACAGAGCCUGAAGAAGAUUACUCCAAGGCAUUCACAGCUUCAAAUGAUAUGAAGAAAGAAAAGAAUGGAAAGUUGACGGCCGGUCAGAAGGCACUGAGUAAAGUGGACAAGAAGGGAAUGAAAAGCAUCUCCAGUUUCUUCUCUCCAAAGCCAAAGAAAAUGGAAAAAUGAUAGAUUUCUAUUAAAAAUGACGAUCUUUGAUCCAAUAUAUUGAAACUUGUGUAUAAAGACCACUUGGAGUAGGGUCUAUGGUAUGAGCGGUGGUCUUUAUGCACAAGUUCCUCAAAUACGUGCUUCAGCUCUAAACACU